AUCAUAUUUAUUCGGAACCUUAUAAAAUGGCUUGUGCCUGAUAUUAAGAAAAUUCAUGAUGCAAAAUUAUCACACGAUCAAGCCGUGGAGCACAUAAGAUGCAUAUUCAAAGAGAUCCCAAGGCUAAACAAGAAGCAACUGGAAAUGUUUGGAUUGGAUAAGGCAAUCUAUGAUGCAAUCAAGCAUGGCAUGAUUGAAUUCAUCGAAGAAAUAAUGAAACUCUACCCAGAAAUCAUAUGGAGGAAAGAUGAAAAGGGUCGAACCCUUUUUGCAAAUGCAAUUGUCCUACGCCAAGAGAGCAUCUUCGCUCAUGUGCUUAGAUUGGGUUCAAAGCAGCGUGUGGCGUUGCUUCAACAUGAUAUUUUUCGUAAUAAUUUAUUGCAUCUUGCUGCCAAGUUGUCUCCUCCUUCCCGACUUGAUCAUAUCUCUGGUGCUGCUCUGCAAAUGCAAAGGGAGCUUCAAUGGUUUGAGGAGUUGAGGAAGAUUCUACCCCCGAAAUUCGAGGAAGAAUUGAACGAAAACAAUAGGACACCAGCGUCAUUAUUUUCUUACGAGCACGAGGAGCUGAUGAAAGAAGGGGAGAGAUGGAUGAAGAAUAACGCCGCGUCUUGCAUGGUGGUAGCCACUCUCAUCGCAGCUGUCAUGUUCACAAUCUUCCUAAAAUCAAAUGCGUUUCUGGUGUUCAUCAUCGCCAACUCCAUCUCCCUUUUUGCUUCAUCCACUUCCGUGCUGGUUUUCUUGGGAGUUUUAACGUCACACUACGCCAAGAACGACUUCCUUCAAUCCUUUCCUGCUAAAUCCAUACUUGGCCUCUUUACCCUCUUCUUCUCCAUUGUGACCAUGAUGAUUUCCUUUGGCUCCGCCAUUUUCAUCACCCUCCAAGCAAGACUGGCUUGGGUCUCGAUCCCGUUCAUCGUUCUUUCAACCAUUCCCAUUGCUAUCUUACGUUGUUACAGUUCCCUCUCUUGA